UGGAGGAAGAGAAUCGAUCUGUGUUUUGUGUGGAGGUUGCGAUGACGGGAGGACUCGAAGCCCGGCCAAGCAAGAAGCGGCGGCAGUCCGGCUCCGGCCUGGCGGAAUUUGUCACGCGAAUCACCAAGCACCUCGCCGACGCGAGCCCUCGCGGCAACAUGGUCUUCUCGCCGCUGUCCAUCUACGCCGCGGUCGCGCUGCUGGCGCCCGGCGCCCGAGGGGAGACCUUGGACGAGAUCCUCCGCCUCCUUGGCGUCCAUUCCCGCGACGAGCUCGAGGAUCUCAUCUCGCGCGUGGCGGCGGACGCGCUCAAGGACCAGUCGCAGUCUGGCGGGCCGAGCGUGGCGUUUGCGUGCGGCGUGUGGAACGACAAGGCGCGGCCGCUCAAGACGGCGUACCGCGAAACCAUCGUCGGCACGUACAAGGCGAAGUCACGCGCCGUCGACUUCCGGGGAAACGCGGGGAAAGCGGCUCGGCGGAUCAACGCCUGGGCCGCGCGGGUCACCGGAAACCUUAUCACCGCCAUCGUUUCACCGAAAUCCUUUGGCCCGGCGACAGACGUCGUGCUCGGCAACGCCAUAUACUUCAAAGGAAAAUGGGACCUGCCGUUCUACCAGAGGAUGACCAAGGACAGGCCGUUCCACAGGCUCGACGGCACCACCGUCGACGCCCCCUUCAUGCGCAACUCCGGCCGUCACUUCAUCGCCGUGUACGACGGGUUCAAGGUCCUCAAGCUGCGGUACGAGAUGCCACGAGCCAAGCCAUUGGGAUGGACGGUUAACUUCAAAAAAACCACCCCGCGGUACUCGAUGUGCAUCUUCCUCCCUGAUGCGUACGACGGCCUCCAGGGCCUUGUCGAGGAGAUAACCUCCCGUCCGACCUUCCUGCACGAGCACCUGCCGACGAGCCAGGUCAGGGUCGGCGAGUUCGGGGUUCCCAAGUUCAAGCUUUCUUUCCAGAGCAGUGUCAUCCAAACUCUCAAACACCUAGGGCUACUGUUGCCGUUCGGCAUGGGUGCUGACUUGUCGGACAUGGUGGAGGACGACGGCUCCGGCUUACCUCUGGUUGUGAAUGACGUUUUUCAUAAGGCUGUCAUUGAGGUAAACGAGCAAGGGACUGAAGCUGCAGCUGACACCACGACGAAAAUAUAUGGAUUAGCGAUGCCGCGGCCGACGCCAACAACGGAUUUCGUCGCCGAUCAUCCCUUCGCGUAUUUCAUAUUCGAAGAGGCGUCAGGUGCAAUCAUCUUCGCAGGGCAUGUCGUCGACCCUAGCAGUGGCGGAGACAGCCAGGUGCGGAUUGGACGACCGAGAAAGGGGUGAAAACUAAUGAGCGGGGGCAGCCUCCUGCUGAUGGCACCAGCGUCGACGGGAGUAACAAUAAGAUGGUUGUUCUUACGAAAAGUUUAUCUUCUACCCGCUUUAUUAGCAGUUGCAUAUU